AUGGAUUUGGGCAGCCACAGUAACAGAAGCUCAAGCUGUGAAAUUAAAACAUCCGAGGAAGAGAAGAUAAUCCACCUAGUGGUCUACAUCCCCAUCUUCAUCAUGGGGUUGCCCUUCAAUGUGCUGGCCCUUUACAUGUUCUGUGGCAAGAUUAAGAGAUGGACUGAAUCUACCAUUUACAUGAGCAAUCUUGCUCUGGCCGACAUACUGCUGUUGUUUUCCAUACCCUUCAAGAUGCUCAACCAAGAUAGUGGCUGGCCCUUUGGAAAAGCCUUCUGCUCGUUUGUGGAGUCCAUCUACUUUGUCAAUAUGUACGCCAGCAUUUUCAUCAUCACCUCCAUUAGCAUUGACCGCUACCUCGCCAUCAUCCAUCCUUUGAAAGCAAGAGACUUACGAUCACCACAGAAUACCUUGAUAAUCUGCCUCAUUAUUUGGGUCUUUGUUUGGUUGGGAAGCAUCCCUGUUUAUCAAUUUCAUGAUACUUCAGGCUCCAAUUAUACCUCGAACUUUAGCAUUGCCUGCUUCCAUAGAUUUUCUGAUAAGUCCUGGAAUCCAGCAUUAAUUAUUUUUGUGGAGCUGUUGGGCUUUGUGAUCCCGCUCACCAUCAUGACCUUCUGUUCAGUCCAAAUCAUCAGGAAACUUUUGCAAAGGCAAAAUGAUAUCCCUGGAAACUACCAGAUGUGCAUUAGAAUCAUCACUGUCAACCUGGCCACCUUCAUCUGUUCAUUUGUGCCUGUCCAUCUUGGCAUCUUCCUUCAGUUUUUAGUGAGGCAGGACAUCAUCGACCAAAGUUACUGUUCAGAAAGAAAGGCCAUUAGUUUAUUUGUACAGAGUGCUAUGUGCAUAGCCAAUAUUAACUGUUGUCUAGAUGCCAUUUGCUAUUAUUUUGUUGCAAAGGAAUUCCGAGAGCAAGGUUCACGCACCAGAAAAUCUUUGGCUAGCAUUUUCUCAGUCAUUGAACUUUAAGCAUUUAACCAAACCUUCUUCAUACAUAGGAAGCUCUUAGUAUUUUGCUGGCUCUGAACUGUCCACUGCGUCGUACAUUGCUCAUCAUGUACAUCAGGGCUGUUUCAUCAAUGCACCUU